UCCAACGUUCGAAGCGGACGGUACUUUGCAGCCGUCCCGUCUGCGACGGCUUUGCAUAAGGAUUUUCCAAGUAAAAGAAGGAGAGAGAGCCCAAAACAUUAUGCGUGUGCACAGAGAAGAACAUAAAAGAGAACGAAAACUGAGCGGGAGGAUGCUUUCUCUCGGCUCGUUUCAAUUCGUGUUUUUCGGGGAUAUUGGCCGCGGUCGUUGUUUCCGUCGUGUUGGCCUAGGAUCGUAUCGCAGUCCGUCGUCGCUUUCCGUCGUGGAUAAAUGUGUUGUACAGUAGAUGUUCGAACUUUUUUUUAGUGCUUUUGAUCCUGUCAUGCAAUUACUAGUGAAAACGAAAAGCAGAGCAAAAACGAUUAGAAAUAUGUUACCUUAGAUGAAAAGUUCCCACGGACGGACGGAAGCUGUGUACAUACUAAUUAUAGUAGGAUCCGUCUCGUUUUCGCCGAUUUUUGAACAUCGAAUUAAACAACUUGGAACGCAGAUUUCCUCGGAUUGUGUUUAAUGUGUGUGCUGCAGCAGAGACGCAAUUAUCGAUCUCGGGUUCGUGUUCGACAAUAAGUGAAUACCUACUACUGUUUUGAGUCUACCGCUUCAAGAGCCCUUUUGAAGAGCCAUUGUUAAGAUUUGUUCCUUGAGAAAAAUAUUUUUGGAAAAAAGUGUUAUAUCUUGAAAAAUAUAGUUUAUAAUCCUCGAAGGACCCUCGUUAGUUACCUAUACGCAAAGUGCAGAUUAAUCGAUUCAAAUAUAUCUAGUUAUCCCAUGAAAAGUGAAACAAUUUUCAAACAGACCCAAACGCUCGCCAUUAGAAACGGUGCAAUCGAGUGAAACCACAACACUCCCCCGAAAAUUUAUAAUCGUCAAUUGUCGGUGGAAAAAUCGAAAAGAAACAGAAAUAUGUUGAUCGGAAGACAAAUCAGUGCAAGAACGAAAUUAUUUUGAAUCUAUUCAUAGCCCAAAUUAUAACGCACCAAUAAAAUCAAUAACCAGUGCCUAAGAAGCCAAGACAAGAGAUAGAGAAAAAAAAACAUAGUAUUUACCAUAUCCUAAUCAACACAGUGUUAAUUAAAACAAAAGAGUUAACCAACAACCGCUAAUCGGGCAGCAAUCAACAACAAUAUUCAGAGAAGUUCCACAAAGCGGAUGUAUUAUUUUUGACUGAAAGAGCAGCGCUUCGCUUACUUUUAUAAUACCGUACCGUGAAAUCAUCAGAGCAUCCAUCCGAGACCAGCGUAGAUGAAGACAUAGCAAACCAACCAAACAGCAUCCAUCCAUCGAUUCGUUCGGUUCAAACCGCACUCACAGAACAGGAUACACGGCUGAAGGCAGGAAUAAAUAUCGAACUGCAACAACAGUGUCCUCUUCAUUCAGUCACCGCGGUGGUGUAUUGUGUAACAAAUCGAAGAUACGAUGGCCAGAGAUAAGAUAGUUCUAAGAGUUGUAAGUUGAGCCUAUGAUUGGUGGAACGAAAGCGCAUGCCAUUGGUACCACUUAGAUGCGCUCUAACGACGAACCCUUAUCCCCAAUGUUGUACAUACCUAUGUGUGCGGUGCUGUGGUAGAAUAUUUGCAUAAAGAUUGAUUGUACGCGCGUGUAAUGCUGAUGUUGUUCAAUGAAGCUGAAUUAAAGAGUCGACCAUCAUCGCACAGUGGCGAUGGGCGGGAGUAAAAGUGGAAUAUAUAUUUAAACUGACUGUUACGAGAAAAGAUUUGUGUUUUUUAGAGCGAAAUCGCAGAAACAUUUUCUAUAUUUAGAACCACAAUAGAACCGAAGUACCUAUUCAUUCAUCCAAUCAGCAGCAGCUACUGGAGUGCGCAACGUGGUGGAAGCAUUAUUUUGCACUUCAAUGAGUUCAAUUCGAUACUCGCAAAUCGCUGUGACGCCGCCAACGACGACGACGACGCCGUCUUUGGUGAAGGAAGAAGCGUUCGGAAAAGUUCUCCUCUCAAGGUUUGUUUGCGUACCCGGAAGAGUUGACCGAGGGUGUGAGGGGUUUCGAUACUGAACCUGAGCCACCACGAUGGAGUACAUCCUUCAACGACAACCGUCCAGGGAAGUCAGGGAAGAGAUUCGACAAGAAGGUUUGGGGAGCCACGAGCGGAGCCGGAGUGUAUGUGAUGAAGUGAUCUGUGAUAGAAGCAACGUUGUUACCAGUAAUAAUGGAUACCUAGUGAUGGAGUGCGACAGCGGAGAAAGUCCAAGACGUUCCUUGUCGUGCACGCAAACUUCCCCAAGUAGCAGGACAAAUCAAAAUGUGGUAGUAUCGCCGGGACAAAGCGAAGAAGCGGGCUGCUUUGCCGACCCGGAUGAAGUCAGUAAUUAUUUAAGCAUCAAUAAUAGCCGUAGCAGUAGCUGUUGUGAUAUUCCUGAGGAAACCUCGCCAAUGAUUAGUGGUAAUAGACCUAGGAGCAGAUGUGAAGCCGACGAUGAUCUGGAGGGGAUUGUCUUACACCGGCGGACCCAGCAGCUUCAGAAGCGAGCCGCUAGGCAGCAACGUAUCGAAUCGUCCGAUUGUUGUGAUAUUGAGAUCGACACCGGUGCGGAGGAAGAGGAGGAAGAGGAAGACGACGAUUCGAUGCUGAUGUCAACCAAUUCGGCAGCCACCACUGCGACCGUAACGUCCAACAAGUCCCAACUGAUCGAACCAGAGGUUCCGAUUCCGGGUCUCGACACCAGUGUUAAUAUCGUUGACAACCCCGUGGGCGAUGGUAACGAUGAUAGCGUUGGCCAGGCGCAUAGUGCUGCUGAUGUAACAAACAACAGGGGUAUAAACGGGGUCCCUGCGCAAACCCAGCAGCAGCAGCAACACAGCAAAAUUACAACGACGUCUUCGAAUCUAAGCAAUUGCAGCGGACUGCCAACGGUCACCGUGGUGCAACUCAAGCAGAAGCAGAACCUGGUUUACUUCCUGCGUGUGAUCUUCAAUCAUUGCAAGAGUUCCGGUAUAGGAGAGCCCAGCGUUUACCAUGCACUAGUUGUGAUAUUCCUAGAAUUCUUCGCGUGGGGUCUGCUAACGAUGCCUGUGAUUACCGUUCUGAAUCAGACAUUUCCCGAUCACACAUUCCUAAUGAACGGUCUGGUGAUGGGCAUCAAAGGCAUACUCUCAUUUCUGAGUGCCCCGCUCAUCGGUGCACUGUCCGAUGUGUGGGGGCGAAAGUUUUUCCUGCUGAUAACAGUGUUCUUCACCUGCGCCCCAAUACCGCUGAUGUCAAUCAACUCUUGGUGGUUCUUCGCAAUGAUCUCUAUCAGCGGAGUGUUCGCUGUAACGUUCUCGGUGGUGUUCGCUUACGUAGCCGACGUGACCACCGUAGAGGACCGUUCCCGGGCGUACGGUCUGGUGUCUGCUACUUUUGCUGCCAGCUUGGUUAUUUCACCGGCUCUCGGAGCCUACCUAAACGACAAGUAUUCGGAGCCUCUAAUCGUAGCUUUAGCGACAGCGAUCGCAGUUCUAGAUGUAUUUUUUAUACUAGUAGCCGUGCCAGAGAGUUUACCUGAGAAGGUGCGACCCAGUUCCUGGGGCGCGCCCAUCAGCUGGGAACAGGCGGAUCCAUUCGCGGCAUUACGGAAGGUUGGCCUAGACCACACCAUCCUAAUGCAGUGCGUAACAGUAUUACUAUCCUACUUGCCAGAGGCUGGACAGUAUUCAUGCAUCUUCGUCUAUCUGAAGCUGAAGAUGCACUUUAGCUCGAUAGAUGUGUCCAUCUUCAUCGCUGUCGUUGGUAUACUAAGUAUACUGGCACAGGUUAUUCUAGGUGAUCUAAUGAAGGCACUUGGUGCAAAACGUACUAUAAUAAUAGGAUUAUUGUUUGAAAUGUUGCAACUGCUAUGGUAUGGUUUUGGCAGUCAGACAUGGAUGAUGUGGGCCGCAGGAAUCCUAGCGUCACUUGCGUCAAUUACUUAUCCAGCUAUUAGCGCAUUUGUUUCCAUACAUUCGAAUCCAGAUCAGCAAGGUGUUGUCCAGGGCAUGGUGACGGGAAUGCGAGGACUCUGCAAUGGGCUGGGACCGGCCAUGUUUGGCGUUAUAUUCUACCUGUUUCACGUGGAUCUAAACGAUGAGCACAACGGAGCGGGAAGUUUGAACGGCCACACCGGCAGUAGUAGUAUCGGUAGUGCUGGCAUUGCCAGCUUAGACGGUUCCAAAUUUGUUCGGAACGAAACCCUGCACGGGUUGGGCGGAAGCCACAUCAUCGAGGACGAAUACUCGCAGCUAAUGCCCGGGCCACCGUUUGUAUUCGGGGCGUUGAUGGUGGUGUGUGCGAUUGCCGUCGCUGCGUUUAUUCCAGAGGCUUCUAGCGAGAGCAUCCGGAGGCCCUCGGGUGAGAAAAAAAAAUCGGACUAUAGGAGCCAUGAUAAAUUUAACGUGCUAAUUGGCGACUGAUGAGUCUCAACUGACUAUCAGUGGACAUAGACUACGAGUACGAGCGAGGACGGAAAGUAGCGGGCCCGCUGUCACCCCUAAUGCAUCAGGACUCCGCUCAGCUAUAGUUUUUCCUGUAAAAGAUCGAUCACAACAGCAACAACAACAACAGUAACACCCCCUCGCGUAAGAUGCGAUUAGUUAUCGUUUAAUCACCUUUCGGUUUUGUGUAUUUCCGUGCAUUCGCGAAAAACAGUCACCAUUUAACCGUAAUUUAUUGAGAAAAGCGAAAGUUUUUUUUUUUAUAACAUAGAUAAAUAUUUAAAGUUUUACGUGAAAACAAACGUCUGUUAUUUCCGGUGGAAAGCUCAUUCCUGCUUCGCUUCAUCCCGCAUUUUGUGUGCCGAAUCAAAUUGUUUUCUGUUUGAGCCGGCGGAUGAAAUAGUAACUACGAGAGAUGAGUGGAUCGAAGAAUAUUUAGCUUUAAAAACAAAUUAAAAUUAUGUUGAGCGGCAGCACUUUUAGUGUCUGCGUCGACCUCCCCUUCGUAGCAACGAUAAACAUAAUUGGCAUGCGUUUGGGGCCGGGAUACUAAAACAAGUAAAGAUAAAAAAACAGAGAGGAAAAUGCCAUUAAUCUAGUCAGCGAAAUUUUGUGUUGUUGCGGCAAACAGGUUCAUGGUAUUUGGUGGCAAGUUGGGCGAAUUUUAGAGUAUACUUAAUAGCGUAGAGAAAAGGUUAAGCCAGCAGUUGUUCGAUACGCAAAGUUUACGGGGAGGGGUUAAAGAUGAUAUCUACCGAUAGGCGAGACGACGAAUGAGUUGUUAUUACCUAUAAUCAAAGAGUGAUAGUAGUACAGUAAGGAAAUUUUGUAGGAAAUGGCUGGAAGUAAGUUCAGUAUGGAAAAGAGAAAAGAUCGCUGCAAAACCAUAGUUGUUAAAAAAAUACUGAAUGAGUAUCUGUAAACGCUAAACAAUUGGAGGCUCGUACAAUCCUCGUUGGUGGAAUGAGUAGCGGUGAAGAAGUGUUUGGGAGAAGAAUGUUUUAUGUUUUUUCGUUUUCAAAGAAGGCUCUACCUCAGGUUAAUCCGUCUUGGAGGAAGUCAAUCAGAACGGUUUUUUUGGAUUAAUUGCUCGACUUGAUUAAAUUUAGAAAGUUUAGAUACAUAUAUCGUCACAUUUACCGUUCGUUACGAAGUUUUUCCCCGCUUGGAAGUAGUCACCGAGAAUAGGUUUGUAUCAUGUGAAAUUGUGACACGUCUGGAUUAUUCGAUACGUUAGUUUUUUUCGGGAACAAUUAAUCGAUUCAAUAGUAUCUGGCACUGGUUUCACAUUUGCUGAAAUGUAUCCACCCCUUGACAAAAGGAAGUUGGGUGCGCAAUAAUCACAACGGGCACAGUGUCGAGAUGAAGGUCAGUCCAAAGAUUACAUAGCAUUACAAAGCAGAACCUAAUAAUUAUAAAAGAAAACACUAGUGUAUAAACUAAGCAGCUGAAUGAAAUAAUAAUCCUCUAUUUGUAUAGUGAGAACGAUUAAAGUAGACGAAGCAAAACAGACAUAUGAAAUAAAAAAAACAAAUGUUCAUAAAUUUAAA